AUGCCACCGCCCCGUGCCUGCCCCGGGCUCUGCGGGGCGGGGCCGGCGGGGCGGGGGCGGCGGAGCGGGAGCAUGGAGCGGGCACCGGGAGUGUUCGGGGGACCCAAGGUUGAGCUUCACGUCCACCUGGAUGGAGCCAUUAGACCAGAGACAAUCUUGUACUUUGGCAGAAAAAGAGGGAUCCCUCUCCCCGGUAAUACUGUUGAGGAGCUCCUGAAGUACGUCAGCUAUGACACACCACUGACACUUCCCCAGUUUCUAGAGAAAUUUAAUUACUACAUGCCUGCUAUUGCGGGUGACCGUGAGGCAGUGAGGAGAAUCGCCUACGAGUUCGUGGAGACAAAGGCAAAGGAAGGAAUCGCCUACGUGGAGGUCCGGUACAGCCCUCACCUCCUGGCCAACUCUGGCGUGGAUCCCAUCCCCUGGGGACAAGCUGAGUGAGUGAUCCUGCUGUGCCAGGGAGCUGCUGGGUGGCCAGUUGGGCAUGCA